AUGAAGCUGUUUGUGUUCGCCGUUCUCGUGGCCGUGGCCGCCGCCCAGUACGUCCCCGGCUCCGACAAAAACGCCGAGACCAUCAAGAACGAAUUCGAGCAAGCUAUCGACAACAGCUAUCGCUCCGACGUCGAGACCUCCAACGGCAUCAUCAUGAAGAGCGCCGGCGAGAGCCUGCCGGGCCCCGAGCCGGAGACGGGCACCCUUCGCGUGUCGGGCAGCUACCAGUACGUGUCCCCGGAGGGGAAGACCAUUCAGGUCAACUGGGAGGCGGAUGAGAACGGCUACCGGGCUACGUCAGACGCUAUCCCCUUCUAG